AUGCCUGCAAUGAACGACACGGCUAAUAUCGUGAAGAUCGCGGUGGAGAUGGCCGAGCAAGUGCCUCAACUCAUAGGCUUCAACCAGAAGCACUCGCUGGCCGCGAUUAUCCAAGAUUUGUGCAACGGAUGGCAGCUCACGGACUCUGAAUUGUAUGCGCUACAAUUCACCGAGAACACCAACAAAAAUUACGUCACUGAAAAGAACAGAAAUGAAAUUAAGAACGGAUCCAUUCUUCGCCUAACCUUCUCUCCAUCUAAGACAGCAGAAGAUAUUUUAUUUAAAGUUAAGAAUGGGAACUUGGACGAGAAGACUCAGGCUCUUCAAAAACUGUCACAACUGAGCACAGACAUGACUUUUGCCUUGGAGUUCAUCAACAAGCAAGGGCUUGCGCUUAUCAUUUCCAUGAUCGAGGACGGCAAAUGUCAAGGCGCUACUUUGGCUUUCUGUCUUAUGUCGUUUGUUGAACUUAUGGAUCAUGGCAUUGUUUCAUGGGAUAUUCUUGAAUCUACUUUUAUGAACCGGGUUGCAAGCUAUGUCAACAACCAAGGAAGUAAUCAGGACAGCAAAGUAGUCCAAGCUUCGCUGUCAAUCUUGGAGAGUAUUGUUCUUAACAGCUCUGCGAAAUACGCUCAUUUAGAGAAAGAACUUACAUUUCCAAGCUUGGUUGUACACCUCCAAAGUUCUAAUCCUGUAACUCAACAAAAUGCAAUUGCACUCAUUAAUGCCCUCUUUGUAAAAGCUGAUCACAUUAAGCGGAAGUCCAUUUCAGCCACUCUUAACUCUCAAAAAGUACGCAAUGUCAUCCUAACAAACAUUCAGGCUGCAUCUGGCCAGGUUGGAACAGAAAUGGCUCAUCAACUGUAUGUCCUGCAAACUCUUCAGUUAGCUCUGUUAGAGCAAAGAAUGAAUACCAAAAUGGACUUACAAGACCAAGAUGCUCAUGAAAAAAUUAAAGAACUUCGCAGAAUUGCAUUUGACAUGGAUAAUGCUUCAUCAGGUGGAGAUAGCACUGCAAGAAGGCAAGUCGGAUUUGCCAAAGAUUACAAGAAAUUGGGAUUCAAAUGUGACAUCAAUCCAGCCCUUGACUUUGCUGAAACACCUCCUGGGAUGUUGGCCCUUGAUUGCAUGAUUUAUUUUGCUCGAAAUCAUGUGGAAAAUUACACCAAGGUUGUACUUGAAAAUUCUUGCCGUGCUGAUGAACAUGAAUGCCCAUUUGGAAGGACAAGUGUUGAGCUUGUUCGUUUACUGUGCGAAGUCCUUCGAAUUGGUGAAGCACCAAGUGAACAGGGUCAUCACUAUCAUCCUAUGUUCUUCACCACUGACCAUCCCUUUGAAGAGUUUUUCUGUGUCUGUAUUGUUCUUUUGAACAAAACAUGGAAAGAGAUGCGUGCAACUAAAGAAGAUUUUGUGAAGGUAUUCAGUGUGGUCAAAGAGCAAAUUACUCGAGCUCUUGCUGGGCAGCCGUUGUCUUUAGACAAGUUUCGAGGCCUUCUUCAGGUACUCACCUAUUCUGAAAUCACAAAUCUAUGGCAGCAAGAGCGAACAAGCCGUGAAGAAUGGGAGUCUCAUGCAAGGCCCAUUGUUGAAUUACGGGAGCAAAUCAAGCCAGAAAUAAUUGAACUAAUUCAACAACAGCGUAAUGGCUUUCUAGUUGAGGGUACUAGAUUCACCAAAUACUCUCCUCGUGGCCAGAGAAUUAAAGACAAGUUUUGGUACAUACGCUUGUCUCCCAAUCACAAAGUGUUUCAUUAUGGAGAUUGUGAUGAAAAAAGUGUACCAGCACUAGAAGAGCUCUCCAGUAAGUUACCAGUUGUAGACAUUAAAGCACUGGUGAUAGGAAAAGAAUGUCCCCAUAUGAAAGAUGUGCGAGGGCGGAAAACAACUCAUCAGCUAGCUUUUUCAUUGUUGCUUGACUCAGUUGAAGUCUCUUCGUUGGAUUUUGUUGCUCCAGAUGAACAAGUUUUUGACUACUGGACCGACGGCAUUAAUGCAUUGCUGGGCAGCAAAAUGACCAGCAAAGAAGCCCAAAAUGACCUUGACACACUUCUAUCAAUGGAUAUAAAAUUGAGGCUUUUGGAUGCAGAAGGUGUUGAUAUUCCACAGGAUCCUCCACCAAUCCCAGCAGAUCCCCCAAACUAUGAUUUUUGUUAUGACGGCAAAUAAGCAAAUGUUAUCAUUAUUUCCAUCCAUUAACUUAACAUUAUUCACUCACUUCAUUUGUCAUGAACUUUUCUUUCCAAAAUUCUUCACUUUUGUGUUGUUUUUAUGUUGUAGCAUUUCCUUUAGUUUCAAUUUUUAGCCAGUCAAACUUUUUUACAACUGCAGAACAUUUUUAUUGUGUUGUUUUUAUUUCAAUUUAUAAAUGGUUUUUAUUUCAUUUUUGAUUGUACUGUACUCACUUGUAUACUAGUCAUUUUGUUUUAUAUAUUAUUGUAUGUAAAGUUUGUUUUGACAUGUGUCAUGAAUUUAUGCAUCAAUCCUCACAUGGAUUGAUUGAUUUUGUAGAGUGAUUCAGUUCUUAUUUGAAUGCAAUUUCAUGUGUCUGUCUUGUACCUAAGUGAAACCCAUGAGAUUCACUUCAGAUCAAAUCGUAACCAAUAAUGUAAAUCAAGUUGAACAUAUAAUAUUUGUGAAAGGAAUUUGGUUGUUUUUUUUAUCCAUGUGUACUAUGUAUGAAUACAUAAUGUUAAUCAAUUAGUCUUGUUGAGGGAAGGGAAGCCAAGCCACACUCCUUGAAUUGACUGCUUCCAACAUUUUUGUAUAGGAUAAGCUAAUGGCUGGUUUGUAGAAUUUUCUCAUCUAUAAGCCAUGCUUGUUAUGUGAUCUGGAGGACCAAGUAAUGUUUGUAUCUCAAAAAAUUCAUAUUGCUGUUUGAAUAUUCCAGUGCUAUGCAGAGUUGAUUGGAGUGGUAUUUUAUUUACAGGUGGUCUGAAAACUAAUACUCGUGUGGUCUGAAGCAAUAGUAAUAGGUAGCAAUAUAAUUCCAAGUAUUGUAUACUCUUGUGAUGUUUCCUAUUAAAUUAGUUGAAAUUUUGUAAGCCAGUAAUAAUGAGUGCAUGUCCUUUCUGAGGCUUCCUCCUGUCCAGUGCUCCAGUGACUUGCUGCUACAUAGAAUGUAUUACGAUAUCAAGUGCCAAACCCGAGCAGUAUUACUAAUAUCAUAGCACUCUAUGGAGAUGCGCCUUAAAAUUAUGUGGUAAGUUUUGACAGGCUUAUGAUCCUGGACGGUAUCUUAAACAUCUAAAUGUAUAAAUAGUAUUUAUUUGUUUUACUAUCUCCAAAAACUCAAUUGUUCUUUGAACAAUGUUCAUGACAAACUCAUUGACUCUUAUUUAGUGACCUGACAAAAAAUCUCACUAUUCUUUGUUUUGUAAAAUUACCCAUACCAUUUAAUUUCUGUUAUUGGGAAUCUCAUGAUGUUAUCAAUUUUGUGGAAUCCAGGUGAAAUAGGUGUGAAUGUUUCAAUCAAUGUAAAGCUUGUGUUUUAAAGUU